CUGAAAUUCAUUCUCACUAACCUCCUCAAGCUGUUUGCUUGAUGGUUUCUCCUCACUUGCCGCAUCAACAAAUCUUCGAAUUAAUACAAGAAAAACUUGUGUAUUGAGUCUGAGAGAGACAAGAGCAAGAGGCUGAGGCGAGGAGAAUGAAAAGGCGGAGCUGAGCUGAGAUGAGUAAAAUCAGUGGAAGGUGACUUUAUUGGCAGCGGAAUAGUGUUCUAGGCUGUCAGAUUCCUUCUCUUUAGGUUGUUGCUGAAUCUCCCCUCUUCGUGUUAGCGAUCUGGUUUUUUUAACUGUUGGCAAUUGAUUUUGACUGUCGGGUGAAUUGGAGUUAUGUAUUACUGUUUGGGCUGCUGGGUGUUUGAUUUAGGUUGCUGGGCAUUGGGUAUUUGAUUUGGACCAGUUAGUGAACACUAAAUGUUCAGUUAAAGUCUGAAAUAAAGCACUUACAAAUGAACAGUGCAGGCUGAUUCCCUCUUUUAUAUGAGUGCAAUGAAAUUUAUUGUUCAUGAUUAUCUCCCUAACAGAAAGGCGAAGCGAGUAAAGUGGAUCACUUCUACAACUCUCUCUCGAACCCUGAUUUCACUUCCCACAAAAAUUUGGCAUCCCUCUCUUCCACCCCAGCUCCGUCGCAUGCCUCCAACCCAUCCCAUCUCCAUCACCUGCAAGCAGCAACUAUGGCUCCUCUUAUUCCGUCUCGAAACUUUACUCUACUCCAAGUUUUCCACUCUUCAAUCUCACUUUCGGUCCUACACAAGUCCAGAUUUGGAGAGAAUACAAAUUGAGUUAUUGCCACAACCCUUGGAUACAUGGAUAGCAUCAUUUGGCCACUCUCUAUUCCUCCUUAUGAAGAGAAAAAAAAAAAGGCUUUCCCUUUUUAUGGCGGCUGCACUUUUUGAAGGGGCAUCCAUCGGUCGUCUAAUGAAGAUUGCUUUUUAA